AUGAUCGGUGAGGCCAAUGCAUCGCGACUUAUGGAUCAUUUCCGUGUUGAUCAGGCAACCGGAAUCACAAAACCAAUGAUCAAGCGCUCUGAUUUUCCCCAGGAUUUUGUCUUUGGUUCUGCAACAUCUGCUUAUCAGGUUGAAGGCGCUUGGAACACAGAUGGAAAAGGCCUCAGCAACUGGGAUGUCUUCACAAUGAGAACACCUGUUAAAAUUCACGGUGGAACAAAUGCUUGUACUACUAUUAAUCAGUAUAGCAGGAUCAAGGAAGAUGUGACUUUGAUAAAGAAAGUGGGUUUGGAUUCUUAUAGAUUUUCAAUUGCAUGGGCUAGAGUACUACCAGGAGGAAGAUUAAGCGCAGGCAUAAACCAAGAAGGAAUUAACUACUACAAUAAAAUCAUAGACUUGCUUCUCGCCGAAGGAAUUGAGCCAUGUGCGACUAUUUUCCAUUGGGAUGUGCCCCAAUGUUUGGAAGAUGAGUAUGGUGGCUUCUUAAGUUCUCGAAUAGUGUUUGUAGCACCAAUAGUAACCGGUGAUUACCCACUAACUAUGAGGGAAAGAGUUGGAGAACGUCUUCCUGAAUUUUCACCUGAACAAAAAAAGUUGGUGUCGGGAUCCUACGAUUUUUUAGGCAUAAAUUAUUACACUUCUAUUUAUGCUAGCAAUUCACCUAGGAAGAAACCUGGUACAAAACCGAGUUAUGAAACUGACCUAGAAAUUUCAUUAUCAGGUAAGUAUGAGGAUCUUGUUCAAGAAUAA